UUCACGCGCCGUUCCGAGCGACCGCCGUUCCGGAACGGCCACCACCUCGGACCUUUCUCGCGUCGAUGCGUCCAACCCGUUGACAACCAUCUCCCUCCUCGUCCUCCGCGAGAGAGAGAGAGAGAGAGAGAGAGAGAGAGGACGACCGUCGGGAAAACCUGCCCUCUCCUCCGCUCGCCAUGCCACUGAAGCCCGUCGGCGCCUACACCGUCGCCCUCAUGCUGUGCUUCGCCGCCCUCGUCCUCUUCCUCUCGGGCUCCCUCGAGUUCCCCUCCCUCGCCGCCUCCUCCGCCCGCGGGCCGACGGUCCCCGACGCCGCCGCCCUCCUCGCCGCCGGCCCCGAUCCGUUCACCGAUCUGGUGGGCGCGUUCGAGGAGUGGGACUCGCGGGUGGGCUGCGUCCGGUUCAGGGGGAGGCAGGGGGGCCGAUUGGGAAAUGGGUCCAACGGGUCGUCCUCGUCCUCUCUGCAAGUGGGCGGCGAUGGUGGAUCGGAGUGCGGCGAGCUGCGGCUGAGCCACGUCAGUGUGCUGGUCAAGGGGUGGACUUGGAUCCCCGACAAUUUGGACAAUUUGUAUCCGUGCCGCUGUGGGUUGAGCUGCUUGUGGACUAAAUCCCCGGUUCUUGCGGACAAGCCCGACGCGUUGCUGUUUGAGACCUCGACGCCGCCGCUUCUGAGGCGCAAUGGAGAUCCACUACGCGUAUACAUGGAUCUGGAGGCUGGACGAAAGAGAUCAGGCCGAGAAGAUAUCUUCAUCAGUUACCAUGCAAAAGACGAUGUCCAGUCAACCUAUGCUGGAUCACUUUUCCACAAUGGUCGAAAUUACCACGUGUCUUCUUAUAAGGACAAUGAGACGCUGGUUUAUUGGUCUUCCUCUCGCUGCCUUCCUCAAAGGAACGAACUUGCAAAAAAGCUCCUCAAGUUGCUGCCUUACCAUUCAUUUGGCAAGUGCUUAAAUAAUGUCGGCGGUCUCGACAGGGCACUUUCUUUCUAUCCCGAGUGUGCCAGCGAUGUCAGUGUCACUCCAAAAUGGUGGGACCAUUUGCACUGCGCCAUGUCUCAUUAUAAGUUUGUUCUCGCAAUCGAGAACACUUGGACGGAAAGUUACGUGACGGAGAAGCUAUUUUAUGCUCUGGAUGCCGGGGCAGUCCCCAUCUAUUUCGGUGCCCCCAACGUCAUGGACUUUGUCCCUCCGCAUUCGAUCAUAGACGGGAACAAGUUUAGGUCCAUGGAGGAAUUGGCAACUUUCGUGAAGUCCCUCGCGAAUGAUCCGGUGGCGUACGCCGAAUACCAUGCAUGGAGAAGAUGUGGUGUAUUAGGUAAUUAUGGAAACACACGUGCGGCAAGUCUCGACACCUUGCCGUGCCGGUUAUGUGAGUUCAUUAGCAAAAAGGGUGGCAGGAACGCGAGAGCUUUAUGAAGAGCUGAUUCUUUUUGAACACCCGUUUUUUUUUUUCCUUAUCAUCCCAUUGAUGUGCGGUGUUUUGUAAGUUUAGUACAUGGACAUUGACAUAUAUAAAGAGAGAUGGAUAUAUGAGGAGACGGUAGAUUAGACAUUGAUGUAAACAGGCCACUAACAAAGUCAUAUUAAUGAAUACAAAGUCGUCAUGAUCUUUGUGUU